GCAACCACUAGCUAAGUGGAGUGAAGCGAAUGCGUGUGUAAUUAAGUGUCGCAAAAAGACGCAGCAAGAAAAUUUGUGCUGGGCGCAAACAUGUGAAGGUAAUCAGAGUCGAAUGGAGGUCUAAGUGUGCGUGUGCAUGUGUGUGUGUGUGUGUGUGUGUAAAUAGGAAAAGCAUGUUGUGUGUGUUUUGGGCGCCAUGGUCGACUAGCAGAAUGGAUGUCCCAUGCCAAGGCUGAGGGUGAUAAAAAUGUUUCAUGUAAAUUGCAAAAAACAGUUUUUAUGUCCCAUUGCUGAGUGGCAGCAGGCGGGGCAGCAGCCAGUCAGCCAGGCAGGCAGGCGGGCAGGCGGCUGCGUGUGAAGUGGUGCAAAAUAUUAGACAAGGGCGGUUGGAGCUCACUGGAGGAUGAGGACGGCGAUGGCGAUGGCGAUGGCGAUGGCGAUGUCGAUGUAGAUGAGCUUCAGAUGAGGCCUGAGCAUCAGUGGGUGGCUGGCUGCUUUGAAGUGUCGCCAUUGUUGCUCGUAGUUUGCUUUCUAUUUAUAGAGUUUGUUGUUUCUUCCUUUUUUUUUGCCCAGGCGAAUAUUUAAUGCGUGCACAUUACACAACACUGGCGGCCGCUGGAGGCAGCACCAGCAGCAGCAGCAGCAGCAGCAGCAGCCGCAGCAGCAGCUGUUGCGCAACACUACACAGCAAGUAUGGCCAUUGCUGUCAAAAAUUAUAUAUAUAUCACGAUAUAUUUGAGGAAUUUAUCAAAUGGGUAGAAAUCAAUCGGAUGUUGUAGCAUCUGGAGAGACUAUUGAGACCUGUAGCAUCGUUGUCUUCCUUGUCUCCAUAACAGGCUUUCCGGACACCGUUAGCGUAUUAUGGCGCUUCUGAUAAAACUGAAAAUACCAAAUCGCGUGCAGCCAGAUGUGUUCCCGUUGCCCGGCUCGAUUGGCACCUACACGAACAAAAUGCACUACAUGAGGAAGCAUCUGCUCGACGAGCUGCCCACCAAGCUGUUCGCUCUCGACUUCAUGCAGCCCGUCGACUCGGAGGCUCUACAGGUGCCCACCUACUACACAAUCAUACAGCGGCCCAUGGACGUGGGCACGAUUAUGAAGCGCGUGCAGAAUCUCUAUUAUCACAGUGUCGACGAGCUGAUCACCGACUUUCGGCUGGUCUUAAGCAACUGCUAUACAUUCAACCGACCCGACGAUAUGGUCUAUCGCAAUGGCCAGAAGCUGGAAAAGUUCUUUCUGCGGGUUCUCAAGAAGCUGCCCGAGGGCCUGGAGUUGCCCUGCAACCGAGAUCCCCGAGCGCCCUGCAGUCCGCGUAACAACGAGAAGGCUACAGCAUUCACGGAGCGCAAGUGCCGCGAGCAGCUGAAGAAGCUGCAAACGUCCAAUACGGAGCACACAGACGCCGAUGCUCGCGACUUCUUCAAGGAGAAGCUGAGCGCAGUGUCGAAGAAGCUGAGCAAACACCAUUUCAAGACGCUCGAAGAUUUCCACUCGCAUUUGGACGUUAUGUUCUUGCAGUCGCGCAACCAGGCCAAGAGAAUAUUCGAAACGACAUACAAUGAGUCCCUGGACAGCAUAUCGUACCACAUGCAGAACAAGGAGCUGAGCCAACUCUUCUAUGCCCUGCAGAAGAACGAGAACGGCGUGCGAAUAGAGCAAAAGAAGCACUCCAGAUGGGAGGAUAGUCUGGUGGAUUGUCUCGAUGCCACGGUCGAAAGACUCGGUGGUAAGCUGGACGCUUGUCGCCUGGACGACGAGGAGGAGGAGGAGGAGUACAUGAGGGAAGAGCAAAUGCUGGCGGCCGAGCGCGAAGAGGAGCGGGCCAGCAGCAAAAGCUAUUCACCUGUUGGCAAGGACACAGAUGAGCACACGGACUACGUGAGCGAGGGCGAACGUCGCGCCAUUCAGCAGCAGUUCGUGAUGCUGCCGCUCAGCUCGAAGAUCGAAAUAAUGCACAUCAUUGCACAAACUGAGGAUAUAUCGACGGACAACUGCGAUCUGCAGUGGUUCGAUAUCAAGAACUUUGGCGCCGAAACCUUGAACCUGAUGAAGAAGGCAAUGCAUCCGCACACCAAACUCAAUCUGCGCAACAUGAAGCCCGCCGAGAAGGAGGACCUGCAGCGCAGCCUCGAGACCCGCCUGCAGAACAUCAACCAAGCACUCAAUGGCAAUCGACGCAAGUACACACAUCGAAUGCGCAUUCGCUCCGCUGUGCCGGCCAAGAAGAGGGCACGCUACUCUGGCCCCUCGUCCAACAAGAACUGCAGCGGCAGCGGCAGCGGCAGCUCCACGAGCCUGACGCAGCAACAGCAGCAGCAUCAGCAACGCCAGCUGCUAACAGGUGUUGGCGCAGCCAAAUCGGGACAAUCGCCGGAAAGCAGCAGCGAAAGCGACUCCAGCAGCAACUCCGAUUCGAGCAGCAACAGCGACUCCAGCGACAGCAGCGACUCCUCCAGCGAUACCGACGAGCCCAACAAUAAGGGCCCGUCCUGAACACACAUUUGCAUUCUAAUUGAAAU